GAUUUGACGACGGGAUUUCUCCAGAAGCGACCGCGUCCAUUGCCAGAUCCCUCUCGCCCCGUCGUUCCAUUCAAACCGACCGUUUCCGCCACCGGGUUCUCCUCCUCGGAGCGGCGCUCGGCCGACAUGUGGCCCCCCGCGGCCUCGCCGGCGGGCAGGGCGCUCCCCUCCCUCCGUCCGCCGCCGCCGCCGCCGCCGCCGCGGUUGUCGGCAGCGGUGCGGUUCGUCGUCGCUCUGCCUGUCGCGGCGAGGGCGCGGGGCCAGCCGCCGCCGCCGCCGAGGCGGCUCUGCCUCGCUGCGCCGCGCGCGUCGGAGAUGGCGGCCGCGGCCGAGAAGGGGGAGGAGGAGAGGAGGUGGUGGAGGGGCGCGGAGGAGAUGGACGCCGCGGUGAGGCGGGAGAUUGCGAUCCGGAGGCUGCAGGAGGAGGCGGAGGAGGCGGGGACGGGGCGGAGCAGGAGGGAGUUCGCCGUGUUCGAGACGGCCAGGGGGGACACGCUCUUCACGCAGUCGUGGACUCCCGCCGCCGCCGACCCCCUCAGGGGCGUAGUUGUUCUGCUACAUGGUCUGAAUGAGCAUAGUGGAAGAUACAACCAUUUUGCAAAGUUGUUGAAUGAUCAAGGGCUUAAAGUUUAUGCAAUGGACUGGAUUGGACAUGGCGGAAGUGAUGGGGCGCACGGUUAUGUUUCAUCGCUUGAUCAUGCUGUUGGUGACUUGAAAGAAUUCUUGGAGGAUGUUGUGUUGGAAGAAAACCAUGGUUUGCCAUGCUUCUUAUUUGGCCAUUCCACAGGUGGAGCUAUUGUUUUGAAGGCAGCACUAGAUCCUUCUGUCGAAGUAAAUAUAGAAGGUUUGAUCUUGACAUCGCCAGCCAUUCACGUACAGCCAUCUCAUCCGAUUAUCAAAGUUGUUGCACCGAUCUUCUCUGUGUUGGCUCCAAAAUACCGAGUCAGUGCUUUGCAUAGGAGAGGACCUCCUGUUUCCCGUGAUCCAGAGGCUCUGAAGAUCAAGUACACUGACCCACUUGUGUAUACUGGACCAAUUAGAGUUAGAACCGGCAAUGAAAUUCUCCGGAUAUCAUCGUACUUGCAGAGAAACUUAAGCAGAGUUACUGUCCCCUUUCUAGUUCUUCACGGGACGGCUGACACGAUAACUGACCCAAGAGCAUCUCAACGACUCUACCAAGCAUCAAUGUCAACUCAUAAAUCUAUAAAGCUAUAUGACGGAUAUUUACAUGAUCUUCUCUUUGAGCCUGAAAGGGAUGAUAUAGCAAAUGAUAUCAUCAAUUGGUUGAGCUCAAGACUUAAUGCUCUCCACGGAUGGUAAGAUGAAUCAGCUACGAGGUGCUUUCACUUGUAACAUGCUAUAGAAGAAGAUAAUUGUAAUACGUGAGGUUUUUUGCUUGCUGCCUUUUCGUAGUUGUAUUUGUGUAGUUACUUAAUAAAGGGUAUGACAGAUGAGAUGUAAGUAUGCAAGAAAUGAUGUAUUUAUAUUCUACGCAAUUAGUUAAUAUUAUUUUAAAAGAAAAGGAAUGAAUUCGUCGUUGGUUACUCAA